AUGGCUUUCAACAAGAGCCAUUACUUGGGCAAGGCUGGGAUUGCUAUUGGGUCUCCAUCAUUGAAGAAGAAGUCCUCAGGUCAUACUUGGGCUUCUACUAGUGACUCUACUGUGUCCCGUCGUCCUUAUGGGUUGCCAGGCAUACAGAUCUUACCUAGGAAAGACUUGACCACUCCUCUGGGGUCAUUUGUUCAGAUUUCAAUGCCUACUGGGGCUGAUUUGCAUGAUGCUGCUGCUGCUGCUGCUGAGGAUGAUUUAUCUGACACCUCAGGUGGUGACUCUGAGGAUUCUGUUGAAGUUUCUGCCAGUGAUGUCCUUCACCCUUUGGUGUUUCCUGCAGAGCAAGUUUCCCCAAAGAAAAGAUUAGACAAAAAGUUGGCCUUGUGGAGGAACUGGGCUUUGAAACUGAUCCCUGAACUUUUGGAUCCUUAUCUGGGCUUGUUGAGGGAGUCUGAGAAUUUGAGGAACAUAGAUAGGAGAUUACCUCAUUGUUCUUGCAAUGGGACUGGGCAUAAAAUGAAUGUUAUUGCUGUGUUUUUUGAAAAACUUGUUGCUGUGGAAGUCUGUUCUUGCUCUGCAGUUUUUCAGCUCUUGGCCAUGGGUUUGUUUCCAGCCUCACCCCUUCGACCAACAUUAGCUGUGGAUUUGAAUAUGCUUGACUUUGUAAAUGAGCUUUUUGUUCGUUCACCUCCAAACACUACUGCAUGGUGUGACUCACUUGAGGCAUUUCUGGGUUCUCGCACCUAUAAGCUUGAGAGUAGAGAUGCCAUAAGGCGUCGCUUUGGAAAUGCACUACAGUGGUAUGGAAAUCUCAUUUCCCAGAAAGAACUUUUGAUAUCUGGGGUUAUAAAUGAGGGUCGUCUAAAUUGGCUCAAGGAGGCUGGGUCUCCACUUGAAUCAGAUAAUAUAGACAGGGUAGACCAAAACUAUGAACCUCCACCUUCUUCUAGUCCUACUUCAGUGGCAGAUAAUGCUAGUGAUGAUUCUCAUGAGAGUCAGAAUACUACAAACUCUGAUUUUGAUAUUCCUCGUCCAAGUGAGUACUUGCGGAAGCGAUGCCCUCUCUGUUUUGGUGGGGAUAAUCCACAUGACCCAAAUUUUAUGGCGGAUGUCAUUGUAUGCAUUGAUGCUUGUUUUACUCACAAGAGAAGAAACCCUGCAAAAGGUGGGGCAAAGGGACCUGAAAAUCUGCAUCCUGAUACAGUAUUUGUGCCUGAGAAAUAUGUAAUGGAGAUGAAGGCUUUAGUUGAGACAGUUCGACCAGAGAAGUCAAAAGGAAAAGAAAAAGCUAAUGUACCAUCUGAUGGACAACUGGCUGAAGACUCAUAUGAACCUGGCAUGAAGGUCCCUGUCUCAGCUUUGGAGGGAUGCCUGGCCUCUUUUAUUGCAGCAGAUGAGAGAAGAACUAAAGCCAGCACACAGUUCUUUGCAGAUACAGGUCUUAUGGCCAUGCUGUGUCGUCAUGACCAUGUUCUCUGGCUAGUAAACAUGACUACUGCUGGAGAACGCCAAUACUAUGCUCUGGUAUUGAUAAAAAUGCUAUUUAUGAAUUUGCCUUUAUCAAUGACAGUUGGAAUUUUGUAUGACAUUGGAUGCCAGUUGGAGAGAAGUUGCCAAAUCUGGGGGUUUCUGGAGGAAUUCAUGGAAAGAAUCCUUUUUGCACUUGCGGUUUUCCAUGCAUAUGGUCACCAGUGGCCCUGCCAACUUGUUUAUCAUCCUCGUAAAUGUGAAGGGUUUGGCCUCUCAGAUGGUGAGGGUUGUGAACGUUUCUGGAGUGCUAUCAAGUUAUUAAUCCCUUCAAUGCGUGUGGCAGGGUUCUAUCAUCGGCUGUUUACCAUUGAUACUCAGGUCAAGCAUCUGGAUAAAAAGUCUUUUGAUAUGAUGGGUAAAUGGCUUCAACGCAAAUGGUUGACUUGCUUGGAAAGAAAAAUUGAGGCUGAAGAUAUUCUCAAUGAACUGGGGUUUGAAAUUUCUUUGCUUGAAAAUGAAUGGAAGCAGCAAGUGGCGACACAGACCAAGCCCUUGGCACGACAAUCAAAGAAUAUUGCAAAUAUUGCAAUUAAGGAAAUUUUGGCAUUAUAUACUGCAAAGAAAAGUUUUGCAAUGGAGUUGGGAGGGCUUGAUGACCAGCUAAUCUCUGGGGUCUAUGGGGACGAUAUGUCAGUGGAGGAUGUUUUGGCUGCACGUAAAGCAAUCAUGAAGAAGCAAGGUGUGAUUGAUGCAAAUAUAAAGACAAAGAAGAAAAGGCUGGGGGUUAAAGAUAAGGAAGAUUUGAAAAGGUUGAUGGGCAAUAAGUUUCUUCAAUUGAAACUUAAUGCCAGGGCUCUUAAACAAAGACUCAGAGAUCGUUUAAGAAAUCGUAAAUUUGAAUUGGAAAGGUUAGAGAGAGCAUAUCGACAAACAACUUCCAAUGAAACUAAAUUACAUUCGCAUGUCCAGAAACAAGUCAAUAGGCAGCAACCAACAAUUGCUAGAUUGGCAAAAAAGUACAAUGACAUGUGCUAUGAUAUGACAAAGCAAAUCCAGGAGGGAAAUGCCCCUGGUAAUUCUAUAGCCCCUGUGCCAAUCAAUCGAGAGCAUUUAUUCGCUCUAGAUGUGGAUGAUGACAUCUGGCAAGAUGUUGGAUUAGAUGAGAAUGAAAGUGAGGUUAUACCUGGCUGGCUUGGGAAUGAGAAGAUUCGUGAAGGAAUCAAAGGAAUGCUGACAACCAAGAGAUGUGCAGAAGAGAUGGCCAGAAUCAAACGAGAGCGAACAGCCCUGCAGGAGUGGUCAAGGGAAGAGUGGGAAGCUAUCAAUAUGGCCAUUCUUAUGUGUGAGGAUGAAGACAUUGAGCAUCAGUUGGUUAUCAGAAAGUCAAGACAUCUGAGUUUGUGUGCACAGUGGAGGGAACAGGUGUCUCUGAUUCCUGGCACAUAUCCAAUGUUGAAAGGAUGGGGACCUAAUGUCAAAGAUUUGGAGACUGCAUUGAAGGAUUUGUCACAAGAAAAUGUUGAUGAAGAGGGAAGUGAUGAUGAACAAUUGAAUUGCACAUAUAAUGUUGAAGAAGCAGACAACAACAAUGUUAUUGAAGAGACAGAAUUCAUGGCAGUGUCAGAUGCAUUCAGGGUAGCAGAUAAUGGGCUGGCCUUUGGGAGAUGGGAGAGUGAGGAUUUGUGGGAGGAUCUGGAAGAUGAUGAAGAAGAUAACUUGGAGGUUGGAACAUCUCGAAAGAGGUCAAGGCAGAAGUAUUAUAGGUAG